AAAAUAAAACCGAAACUGGCGCGCGGUAAAACUCAGUCGUUCACCCACGUACAUUAUAUUGGAAGUAGAUGACGCUCUGUAGAAACACCAGCGCUUUGCGGAUGAAAUCACUACACGAAGGGCAGAGCAGAGGAGUGAGACCUGCGGAAACUACAGUCUUUUAAUACCAGCCCAGACAAAGCGGGUGUGUGUCUCUCACUCCUGUCUGGACGAGGACGACCGUUCAUUUCAGAGUAACGUGAAAAGGCGAAGCGGCGACGAUGCUGACUUCUGCCUCUCAGCGUCGGUCUGCAGCAGCUUCCUUGCAGCAGGGAAGAGACAAGAGGAAGAUCCGUGUUUACGACCUCCGCUUAGAAACGGAGGCGAAAACCUGCAAGCGUUUUAAAACAGCUGGUUUGGACUUCAACGACUUUCUCCGAGCUCUGCACAAGGAAUUUGGAAUCCCUUCAUCUGAGACAUUUGUGGUGGCAACGACUGACAGGAUUGUUCUGGAUUUUGACAGAUUUAAGGAACUCCAGGAUGGCACAACCCUUUACUUGUUGCAACACGAGCACCAGGUUCUGCCUGCGGCAACCGUGGAAAAAAUAUCGUUUAUGCCUCACUAUAAUAUACUGAUAAAGAGUGGCACUUAUGAGUACUAUGCUAGUGAGAACAAGGAGUCAUUAGCCUAUCCACUUGCCGAUCUCAUCGACAACUCUCUUUCAGCCACAGCUAAAAACACAGGAACGAGGAUAAUAGAGAUAAGGAUGCAGUUUGAUGAAAGUCUUGGGAAACCUGCCAUCAUUGUCCUGGACAAUGGACGUGGCAUGACUACAAAGCAGCUCAAUAAAUGGGCAGUUUACGGCACACUUGCAAGAAGAGAAGAAGACUACGUCCGCCCUGAUCCUGUACCUCGAAGUCUUAAUAGCGAUUUAUCGUACUUUGGAGUUGGAGGAAAACAGGCUGUUUUCCACUUUGGAAAUGUAGUCAGAAUGAUUAGCAAGCCAGUGGGGUUACCAGAUGUUCAUGAGUUGGUUCUAUCAGAAGAAGAAUUUGAAAAAAAGGAAAAGAACAAAGAGGAUAUUUAUAGCACCACCAUCCUAAACAGGAAGCCUGGCGACUCUUCACACGUGAGUGAAGAUGAGCGCUUCCUUCGUACCAUCAUCGAUGAGGAACGUGGGAAGGAAAGCUUCACAGCCGUAGUUAUUACAGGACUCAAGGAAAAGCAUAUCUCCUUCCUGAAACAGAAUUUUCGUGCAUGGACCAGACAUCUAGCGCACAUAUAUCACUAUUACAUUCAUGGAAUCAAUGGAAAUGACCUGAGACAAGGCUCUAAAAAGACAGCUCAGCAACCUACAACUGACAUUCAGAUCACUUUAUACGAAAAACCAAACAAAUGUCCCCGUGUGCUGAACCUGAGGGAAGUUGACGAUGACAUGCAAACUUUGUACAUUAACUCUGCUGCGGACACCUUUGAGUUCAAGGCCUCCACUGGACCGGGUGGUGGCACAGUGGAGGGAGUGCUGCGUUAUCAUCCAUUCCUCUAUGACAGGGAGACUUAUCCUAAAGAUCCAUAUGCUGUAAAGGCAUCUUCUGAAAAUGAUGAUUCCGAAAAUGAGUCUGAACUCGUGACUCAGGAAGAAAGGAAGAUCUUUGAGUGUUUCUGGAAUGGACGGCUCAUACCUGGCACCAAAGUGGCUGAGUUUGACUGGUGUUCUCGUAAACAUAACAGCAGAACAGCAACAGGUAUACCCCCGGAGUGUUACCGUCGGCUUUCAGGGGUGCUUUUCACUGAUGACAAUUUCCAGGUCACAAUGACAAACAAGAUGACCUUCAUGGACCUUGAGCUGAAACUGAAGAACAAUCAAACUAUCUUCACACUGGUUGUUAACGGACAGAAAUCGUCAAGAGGUAACAUCCAGAAGGAGUUCACACAGUGGCUUCGAUACUGUAAUGAAAAGUUUGACAAGCAAAUCAAGUUUGUGGGCUUCAAGGAGAUUACAACACGGACAGAUGUGCCUACUAAGAAAAUGCAGCAUCCGUGGGCAGUCUUCUCCGCCAUCGAGUGGGGAAGCAGGACAUAUAAAACAGGCCAACUUGUGAAGACGCACAAUACAAAUCCCAUUCUGUACGGUAAAGUGGUUCGGUUUUUGCUGUAUGGAAAUUUCGAUGGAGACGUCUAUGCCACGGGAGGACAGGUGGAAGUGUCUCGAGAGCCCAAAGCACUUUGGGACAUGAACAAGAUUGUACCCAUUUCCAAGAUCGACAAGACAGCCACUGAUGAAGCCAUCAAGAAAAAUAUCGACAAUGACUCUGAGAAGCUUCCAGAUAAGCUGAAUGUGGAAUGGCCCAAUGGUAACCCCUUGCAAAAUAAUGCCAUUCUUUCCGCCGGGGCUACUGUAGGGCCUCUUAAAAUUGAGAUCCUGAACAGGAGGGGAGAGAAAUUAUCUCAGAUGCCCUCAACAGGCCAUGGAAAAGGGACAAAACUGUGUAUUAAGCUCACGUUACUCUAUCAUGGUCCAAAAUCAGACAAAGAGCUUGCUGCUUAUGUUGCCCCACAUUUAGCAAAUAAUGGUUUCCGGUUCAAAAAAAUGGAUCAUAUGACUGAGCUGGGAAAGUACACACUGAAUUUGAACACAGUGGUCCAUGAAACAAACGCUGUCAGCUUUGGCGGUAGAGCGCUUCCAAGGUUCACACUGAAGUUUACCAUUAAAGAGGGCGAAGCAGCAAGCUUCGAUAUCAGUCCAAUGAGCCCCAUGCUGCGUGUGGGCGUGCCGUUUGACAUUCCUCUGCAGAUAAAAGAUGGUUAUGGCCACUCAACGACCCUCACUUCUAAACUCAAACCUGAGCUCAAAUGCUGUGGUCUGGAUCUGAGUUAUGAGACAUUCUCCAGCAGUGGAACCACAUUCACCAUCAAAAGUGUCAAAGCGAGAGGAAAAGUCCUGAAUUACCAGCAAUCCAAGAGCUAUGACCUGGAAGUUACCUUGCCUGGUAUGAAACAGCACACCAAAUCUAUCAAGAUCGGUCUUCUUCCUGGUAUCCCACAUUCCCUCCACGUGAAACCAGAGGAAACAUCAAUCGAUGUGGAGAACGGAGACCAGGUCACGUUUCAUGUUGAAAUUCACGAUGAGGCUGGAAAUAUCACCGCUAACCCCAAACAGAUCGUCCGCUGCGAGGUUAAAGGUUUCCCCCCGGUGGUCACUGAUUGCAGCAGCACCGGUGCUGGCCAGCUUGUCACAAAGCCCAUUAACCUGAAAAUAAUCAAAGGAGAGCAACAAGACCUCAAAGCUCAAUUUGUGAUGCCUAGUUACAAAAACAUACCGUUAGUCAUAAAGGGGCUGAGGGUGCUGCCCAGCACACGGGUCUCUGUGAUGGAGCUGUACAGUCAGGACAAUGAGAAUCUGGUGCUGAGGAACAGUGAAAAGAUCGAAUGGAUAGCCGGCGGACUGCUGCAGAACUUAUUCUGCAAGCUGUAUGAUGAAGCUGGCAGGGAGGUACCGCUCACUGCUGAAAUAGCCUCCAUGAUCAAGGUUAACUGGACAGGAGAUGUCUUUCUGGAAGAUCUGGUCCAGGGGAAGCUGCCUGAUUUACAGGUACCUAAACGGGUGGGAGAGCAGCGCUUCUACCAGGUCUCCUAUCAGGACCAGAGUGUGUCCGUCUCCUUCACUAUCGUGCCUCGUCCAGAUGAACCAGAGCGUCUAAAAGUAGCUUUACCCCAAACCACAGUGAAGCUUGGUGAGAUCCUCUCCGGAAACAUCAGCUUGGAGCUUGUGGACCAGUUUGACAAUUUAACCAAGACGCUUACCCCCACCUGUGUGAACCACAUAAAAGUGGAAGCUGAGGGGCUGGACAAAUCAGCCAUCACAUUUAAAUGGCAGGAGAGCAGCUGUGCUGCCAUGGUGACGGGAAUUCGUUUCGAGUCAGGGUCUCUCGGCCCCCGAGAACUGCGCUUCAGCUACUCUGACUUUGUGGAGCGUGUCAGUAUUAAAGUGACCGCAGGACUCCCUGCUCAGCUUAAACUCAUCAGUGCACCGGAGCAGCCUUUGCAGGUGUUAAAUGAUCACGGCAUCUCCAAACCAUUUGUCGUCCAGCUGUGUGAUGAGUGGGGAAACCCUUCUCCAGACCAGAGGGUUGUAGUGGACUUAAAGACUUCACCUCCAGGACUGACGGUGAAAACCAAUGUUAUUUCACAACCUGUGAACGCAGAAGGGAAAGCCUCUUUCGUUGUUAAUGGUUUGAGCGGGCCGAAGGGGUGCUAUCAGCUGCAGUUUAAAGGCUCCUUCAACAAAAAACCCAUCCCUGGUCCAUCAGUGAGCCUCACUGUCCUCCCUGAUCCCAAAAAACCAGUCAGCCUAUCGGUGGAGUAUGACACCAGUGUCAAGUUUCUUGCUGGAGGCACAUUUCGAGAUGCACAGAACCAGCAAAAAAUGUCUGAACUAACCAGGAAAAAAGAUGAGCUCAGCAGUGCUAUUGAGAAAUAUAACGAAACCUUUCGUACAUACAAGGAGCUCUUUGGGUUGCUGACGGCUUCUUGCCUGAAUGCCAGUAAGAAAGAGGCUGAUCUUAAAAAUGAGCUGUGCCGGAGGAAAGUGAAAAUCCCUGACCCCAUAUCUGCACAACAUAUUGAUGCACUAAUAAAAAAGAAGAGUACUGAAGCGGAAGCGAUUCAGAAAAUGUCCCGACGAGUUUUCCCCGUCCGUGACAACUUUAGGGGACAGGCAGAGGUUUUGGGAAUGGUUGGCCACCUGGCCGUCGUGCAGGAUGAUGCCGCUGCGUGGGUCAUCUCCUGGCACAUCAGAGGUGAUAUGGACUGUGUCAUCACCAAAACAACAGAAGCAGCGCAGCGGAUCUCUCGUGACACGCAGGGCAGGCAGCAGGUCAUGGCCCUCGACAGCGUGCUUGUGUCACCAGGAAACAGACCGCUGCCACACAUAAGAAAUGGCUACCCGCUUUUUGAACCCCAUGGGAACCCGGUGUAUGCCAGAGAGAUGCUGAUAUACCCCUGUGAUCCGGAGAGCUGUGACAUCGUGUUCAAGAACAUCCUGGGAGAUACUAUUCUGAUUGAUGACCUGGAAUCUGCAAAGAACUACAGAACGGCGGUGGUGCAGAACAGGAUCCAAUGUCCCACCAUACUGACCAGGCAGGGGGACAGGGUCAGUAGCAGGGGAAAGUUUGGAGGUGCACAGAACAGGGCCCCACCGAUGGCCACGUUACACAUGUUUGGAGCCCCCCUCCCACAGCAGUACCACAAUCUAAUGGAACAAAUAGACCUGCUCCGCCAGUACUGCUCAGCUGUAUCGAAGAGGGAGGAAAUAGAAAGGGAGCGAGAUGAUCACGUCAAAAAAAUUACGUCUCCUAAUGUGCAGCAAAAGGAAAAAGACUUGGAAGACAAAAAGAGGCAGCUAAGAGAGAUUGAAAAGGAACUCGCAUCAGCAUCAGCAAAAGGAAUGAAACGAGGCGCUGUGGAUGGUGGUCAGCCCUCCAGCAGCAUUUCAAAAAGAGCAAGACAGAGUUCCACAUAAGAGAUUCUGAUUGGACCAAUUGAUUGUUUUACUAAGUCUUUUUUUGUAGUUUUAUUUCUUUGUUAACUUUGAGUUGAUACAAUGUAUUUUAUUUUUUAGAUGCCUUUUGUACAUUUUAACACUUUUGUAAUGGUAAAAACUGCCUAUGAUCUUUGCAGAGCAUGCUGAAUCUGCUGAAUGUAUGCAUUAAAAAAUUUCUUGAGAUCGCA